GUAUGGUUUUGUCUACAAAUAAUAGCACGUCUAUUGGGAACCGAAAGUGGACCUUCGGCCGUUGUGUGUGGGUGGGUGCAUUCGCACCCCCUGCACCCCCCUGUGUACGAGCCUAAUAUCGGUAUAUAGGUAGGUUUUCGGCUUAUCGUUCGAGCAGGUCUAUUCUCCGUCCAUUCUCUGCGGACGAAGUGAGAGGCUCUCCUAGCCAUGAGGAUCUUUCAAAGUAUUACGAUCUUCGCCUUCUUCGGUUUUGUGCUUUCUUCACCCAUCUGGAAUCCUGACUCCAAUAAAAGACUUCAGGAACCACCCUCGCCCGAGCUCUACGAAUCUGACAUUAUGCUCUCGGAAGAAGACAAAGAAUAUGUCGACCUUCGAGACACUGGCGACGUAGAUGGCCCUCUACCCGAACAGACCCUUGGGAAGAAAAAUGCUCGUCGAAAUAGCAUGUGGACCACGCGAGAGAUCCCAUACGUCAUCAGUUCUGAAUUGGAUGCAACAAAUAUCAAGUUGGCGAUCGAUACGUUGAAGGAAGCUGUCCCGUGUGUAACAUGGAGACCAAAACUCAGCAGUGACUACCACUUCGUGAAGUUUGUCUUCAAAAGCGGGUGUUGGUCGUAUGUUGGACGUACUGGGAUGGUCGAGCAGGAAUUGAGUAUUGGUUCAGGUUGUAACCAUCUCGGGACAAUUCUGCACGAGAUGAUGCACGCAAUGGGAUUUUGGCAUGCGCAGUCGCGGCCUGACAGAAACCAGUACGUGGAGGUGAUGUGGGAGAACAUUCAGCCAGGAAAGGAACAUAACUUCAACAAGUACUCUCAUAACGAUGUGGACGUUAAGGAGCUUCCAUAUGACACGAGCUCUAUCAUGCAUUACGGAAAUACUUACUUUUCCAUAAAUGGUAAAAACACUCUUCAGGUCAUCGGUAAUCCAAGCGCUCCAUUGGGACAACGGGCUGGUCUCAGCACCAACGACAAACUACAGCUGAACAAAUACUACAGCUGCAGUAGCACUGAUCGGACAUGGAGCGCUUGGAGUACAUACACGCCUUGCGAUAGCAGCGGUAACAAACACCGAUAUCGCUUCUGCUUUAACUCGUCACAAUGUUCGGGUGCCGAUUCUAGAGGGUUCGACACACAAAUCGUGGCGUGCACUGAUGAAGAAAGAAAUGCACCUGUUGAUGGUCACUGGGGACGUUGGUCGGCCUGGGGCACGUGCAGCAAGAGUUGUGACAAAGGUUCUCAAACAAGGACAAGACAAUGCGACGAUCCUACACCAAAAAAUGGAGGUAGUUCGUGCAGUGGUGAAAGUUCCCAAACAAAGAAUUGCUACAACCGAGGGUGUCAUAUAGGACCGGAUGGUUGUGAGUUUGAAUCAGCAAGUGACCAGUUCUGUGGAUGGACUCAGGACUCCGGGGACAACUACUACAAAAACUACAACGACUGGAUUUGCCGAACAGGCUCUACCACUAGCAGUGGAACUGGACCGACCGGGGACCACACCCCGGCUAUGGAAGGCAAAGGUCAUUACAUUUACGGUGAGGCAAGCGCACCAUACGGAGAUUAUUCCGGGACAACACUCCGACUGAACAGCAAGAGCUUUAGCGCCACCUCAGGGAGAUGCAUGACGUUUUGGUAUCACAUGUACGGCACUUCCAUGGGUUCACUCAACAUCUACAUCAAAGGGAAUUCCAGCCCCAUCUUCACCACCUCUGGCAAUAAGGGGAACAGCUGGAUCAGCGGAUCUGCUAAUAUUCCCAGCCAAGGUUCAAGCUACCAGAUCAUGAUCGAGGCAGUAAGGGGUGCUAGUUGGUCUUCUGACAUCGCAAUCGACGACAUUGACUUCAAAGAUGGCGCGUGUUGAACUGAACUAAAGCCGAGAAGCAAUUCUACGCCACAAAAACGGUGCAACUUAGUAUAAACAGGGGCAUAAUGGAGCGCACGGGUUUAACAUAGCAAUAGGGGUGUAAUGGUAUGUCAUUGGGUUAUGUUUUGUGAUUGCCAAUAAAUGCUGCAUGCAGGUAAACUUGCA